UCCCUCUAAAAUCAACACGGUGCUCUAAAUCGACUGCAAGCUUUUGGCCAGCCAUUUCAUCUCGGCAUUGAGGCAUGACCAUGGCUGACAAUGACAGUGGGUCGGAGCACGAGGACGUGGAGCGCGUAGUGCGCGAGGCACCCAAGCGUCUAGGUCAGCAGAAGCCCAAAGCUAAGAAGGAAAAAGUCAAGCACGUAGGCAAGUACACGCGCGGCGUUGGCGUCUCCAUUCGUGGCAUCCGCGACAAGAAGCUCAAGGGCUCAUUGCAACGCGCUCAUGAGAAGCAAAAGCUGGCAGCUGAGUCUGCGGCAAAGUCCGAGAUCCUGCUGCCUGACCAGGCCGGUUUCCUUGAGGCUGAAGGUCUCGAGAAGACAUAUAAGUUCACGCAGCAGCAGCUCGCAGACAAUGUGGACAUCAACACAGCGCGCAAGAUAUUCAGUCUGGACCUGCCGGACUACGGCGCCUACCGCGUCAAAUACACACGUAAUGGACGCAACAUGCUGCUUGGUAGUCAGAAAGGCCACUUGGCGCAAAUGGAUGCGCUGCGUAUGAAGCUUACGUGCGAAUUCCAGGCCAACGACCUUGUGCGCGACAUUAGCUUCCUGCACAACGACUCGCUCUUCGCCGCGGCGCAGAAAAAGCACGUGUACAUUUACGACAACACUGGCGCCGAGGCACAUUGCAUCCGAACGAUUCCGGAGCCGCGCAGGAUGGAGUUCCUGCCCUACCACUUCCUGCUCUCUUGUGUGAGCGGCAAUGGACUGUUGACCUACCACGACGUGACAGAAGGAAAGCAGGUGUCCACGCACCGCACCAAGCAGGGACUGUGUGAUACUAUGGCGUUGAAUCCGUGGAAUGCCGUUGUGAACCUUGGUCACGCGAGUGGUAUUGUGACGCUUUGGACGCCCAACAUGUCGGAUGCUGUCGUCAAGAUGCAGUGCCAUCAGGGACCGAUUCGCUCCAUGGGCAUCGACAACAGCGGAAAGUAUCUCAUCACUGCUGGAGCAGACAGGAAGGUGAAGGUGUUUGAUCUGCGCAAAUACCAGGAAGUGAACAGCUAUUAUCUGAGCGCGGCAGCCAACACACUGAGUGUGAGUCAGCGUGGACUUGUGGCAGUGGGCUUCGGCCCCAACGUGCACGUGCUCAAGAGCACCUUCUCGUCGGGCUCGCCUAUCCGGCCAUACAUGACAUACCAGAUUCCUGGCUCCAUGGUCAGCUCGCUGGCCUUCCGUCCUUUCGAAGAUGUGCUGGGUGUUGGCCACGCCACGGGUUUUAACUCUAUCGUGAUCCCUGGCUCCGGUGAGCCCAACUUCGACACGUACGAGGCCAAUCCGUACGAGAACCACAAGCAGCGUGACGAGUCAGAGGUGCGCUCACUGCUGGAGAAGAUUCGUCCGGAAAUGAUCACACUGGACCCGAGCAGCAUCGGCCGUGUGGACAUGAACCCAGCCGAGGAGCAGGAGAAGAAGAUCUACCAGAUGCAGCGUGCCAACGGUGACGGUACGGCCAAGAAGCCUAAGAAGAAAAUGCGCGGCAAGAACCGUCCAUCGCGACGACUACGCAAGAAGCAACAGAACGUCGUGGACGCACAGAAGCAGCAAUUCCGCGAGCAGCUAGCCAACAAGCAGAAACGUCAAGAGCGGCAGGAACAGCAGCGCCAGUGGAAUGAAAAGGCAGAGAGCGCACCCACGGCACUCAACCGGUUCUUCAAAAAGUAGAUGCAUAUCCACACUGUAAUACACACGCAGUCGGUCACCUUUCCUUAGACACACCACUCUUGUCCAUUUAACCUGCAUUUUAAUCCACAAAACGACACAACUUCAUGCU